GCCUGGCGCCGGCAUCCUGGCAGCAUCAGUUUCGACGAUGAGAUCGUUCACGGUACUAGCUCUGGCAGCAACCUUGGCGGUUGCUUCGGCCGCCUUCGUGCCGAACACCAGCCAGGUCAAGUACGCCGACAAGGAAUGGUUGCACAAGCAGGAGGAUCUGCUUCUGCUGUUCCGUCACGUGUACCAGAAGGACUGGAACCCGCAGCUGGUGGCGUACGCCAAGAACUUUAAGUUGCAAGGAAACUUCCAGCUGUACAACAACGUUGACGCCGCUAAGGAGUUCUGGGCGUACUACGAGCAUGGAUUGCUGCCCAAGGGUGAGGUGUUCUCGAUCUACGACGAAGUGCACCGUGAGCAGGCAAUCGCUCUGUUCCACAUGUUCUACUACGCCAAGGAUUGGGAUACCUUCUACAAGACCGCGGCCUGGGCUCGUUACUACGUGAACGAGGGUAUGUUUGUGUACGCCUUGACCGUUGCCGUGACCCACCGACCGGAUAUGGCUGGAUUCGUUCUGCCGGCUCCGUACGAGAUCUACCCGUACUACUUCAUCAACACCGAGGUCAUCCAGAAGGCGCAGCAGUACAAGAUGCAGGGAUAUUACAACAUGAAGAAGGUCGAGGGAGUGUACCAGUCGGUCAUUACCACCAACUACACGGGUUGGUAUCUGCACUCGAACCCGGAGCAGAAGAUUACCUACUUCACCGAGGAUAUUGGUCUGAACACGUACUACUACUACUUCCACAUUGACUAUCCGUUCUGGAUGGGAGGCAAGGAAUUUGGCCUGUACAAGGACCGUCGUGGAGAGCUGUACCUGUACGAACAUCAGCAAAUCUUGGCCCGCUACUACCUCGAGCGUCUGUCGAACGAACUUGGUCACAUUCCGGAAUUCUCUUGGUACUGGCCAGUUAAGACCGGAUACUAUCCCGAUCUGCAGUACUACAACGGUCAUUCGUUCCCGAACCGCGACAACUACUAUUUUGUGAACCGUGAGGAAAACUACCACGACAUCCAGGAGGUAGAUGAUUACGAGCGUCGUAUUCGUGAGGUGAUUGAUCGCGGCUACCUGCUGAUGGCCGAUGGCAAGAAGAUCAACUUCACUGUGCCGGAAGCUGUUGACUAUCUUGGAAACCUGAUCCAGAGCAAUCCCGACUCGUACGAUUCCCGCUUCUACAAGUACUUGAGCAUGUUCUCCCGCAUCCUGAUGGGUGCUGCCGUUGAGCCCGUUGAGCCCCUGCAGGUCAUCCCAAGUGUCCUGGAACAUUACGAAUCGGCGAUGCGUGAUCCCGCCUUCUACCAGAUCUACAAGCGUAUCAUCCACUAUUACUACCAAUUCAAGGAUCACCUUCCUUCCUACUCGUACGACGAGCUGUACUUCCCGGGUGUCAAGGUCGAGGACGUUUCCAUUGACAAGUUGGUCACAUACUUUGACCGUUUCGAUGUGGACGUUACCAACGCUAUCGAUGUUGAGCCAGAGGCGUACGUUGAGGGCAAAUACGACGGAUUCGGUGAGAUUGAAUACAAACCAGAUCCGGUGCUGAUCAAGGCUCGCACCAUCCGUCUGAACCACAAGCCUUUCACCUACAAGAUGACCGUCGCUUCCGAGAAGGCCGUCAAGUCGGUUAUCCGCGUGUUCAUUGGACCCAAGUUCGACGAGUUCGGAAGCCAAUACCUGCUGAACGAGAACCGCGAAAACUUCUACGAGCUGGACUACUUCCUGUACGACCUGGUCCCCGGCAAGAACGUCAUCACGCGCAACUCGCUGAGCUUCAAUGGAUACGUCAAGGACCGCACCAGCUUCUACGAGCUGUACAAGAAGGUCAUGCUCGGCUACACCACCGAUGUCAAGUUCCCGCUGGACAACACCGAAGCGCACUGUGGAUUCCCGAACCGUCUGAUGCUGCCCAAGGGCAAGAAGGGCGGUAUGCCGUUCCAGUUCUUCUUCAUGGUUUCGCCGUACACCGCUCCGGAAGUCCAGCAGUACACCGGAUUUGAUCCGGUUCUGUCCUGUGGAGUUGGCUCCGGUGCUCGCUACUUCGACAAGCUGCCCUUCGGCUAUCCGUUCGACCGCAAGAUCGACGAAACUUACUUCUACGUGCCGAACAUGUUCUUCGAGGAUGCCAUCAUUUUCCACAAGAAGGAGGGCGAUAUCAACACGGUUGUGUAAGCCCCCAGCGCGCUCGGAUUUAGACAUUAAGUCUACGAACUUAGAUUUUCCACAUUGCGUCAGCCCCGCUGCUAUCUUGGGAAAUCUAGAUUCGUUCAUACUAAUGUGAUAUUGGAUGUAAUAAAAAGAAUGAUCGAGUGAAACGAGAGAAAAAAAAAA